AUGCAAAGAGCUCAUCAACCUUACUUUCCUAUGCAAAAAAGAGAAGAUACUCAACGUGAUACUUUAUACAAUGAUGUUAUUUCUUUAUUGAGAAAAAAUCAAAAAUAUGGGUGGAGUGGCGUAAAUUCAGAGUCAAUUGCUAAAAAAUUUGUGGAUAGACUAGUUGCUCUUCUCUGGUAUAUUGAUCCACACUGGGAAAAACUAAUUUCUCGUUCAUUAAAAUUACCAGAUAUAUUCAAUGAAUUAGAGCAAUAUCAAUGUAACGAAAAUUACAAUAAGUUUUAUUUUACUGGACAUCAUAAAAAGGAGCAGCUUUCACGUGAGAAAAUUGAGCAACUGGUUAAAUCAUUAGAAUCAUCUAUUGAACAACCUUGGGCAAGCAAAGAUAAAUGGAUGGAUUUUAUUAUUCAAGUUCUUUUACUGAUUGAAAGUAUUAAAAAGUAUAUCUCUUAUUUGCAAGAGGUUAAUCAAAAAAUGAAUACAAUACAUUACAGUGAUGUCUCAACACGUAAUCCUGGUUGUGAUUUAAAAGUAUACACAAUUGAAGUAUCUGACAGCAUUCAUUCCAAAUAUGAAGAACUCUCUAAUUUUUUGCUUGAAAAAGAUUCUUAUGAGUUUUUUGAUCUUGAUGAAUAUACACCAUAUGAUGUAAUACAAAAAUACAAUUACAUCAAAAAUUUGCCACUUAAUGUUCCUGUAACAAUUUACCGGUAUUAUCAGGGUAAUUAUCUUGGAACUGUUAACUAUAUUUGGAAAGUUCCAGUAAGGAGUGACCAUCGAUCAGAAACAGAAAAUGCCCGCAUAAUAGCAGCAAUUAAUGAAAAUUUGCCAAAAUAUUAUACACGUCAGAUGCGCAAGAAUGCUUUAAAAGAAUAUUCUCUUUUUAAAAAGGUUACACCAGUUGUACUUCGAACUUUAUAUUUUGACUUAACUGGUGAUGCCUCUACAACAAAUAAUGUAAUUAGCAAAGAAAUUGAAGAACGUUUACGUAUAAUGAUGCAGCUUGAGGAUCCAUCAAUUAUUGUUGAUCUGCGUACUAAUAAUGGAUUUAAAGGAAAAGAGUUUAAUCGUUUCUGA